CUCUUUGGACUCUUUCCUCUUUCCUCUUUCCUCUCUCAUUCGGAAACUCUCAUUCACUUUCUCCGUUCAUCACUCUCUCCUCUCCAGCGAUCAAAAGACUUAUCUUUCAAAAAAAACCAUGAACCCAGAUCCCGAUCACCCUCAGCUCCCCACCAUCAAGAUCCACCACCCUCCUUCCCCUCACCACAACCACCACCACUCCUCCUCCACCCCCUCCUCCGCCGCCGCCACCCCGACUCCCACCGCCGGCGCCCGCCGUAAAAUCGGAGUCGCCGUCGACCUCUCCGAAGAAAGCGCCUACGCCGUCCGCUGGGCCGUGGAUCACUACAUCCGUCCCGGAGACGCCGUCGUCCUCCUCCACGUCUCCCCCACCUCCGUCCUCUUCGGCGCCGACUGGGGCCCUCUCCCUCUCAAAACCCAGCAAGAUCCAUCCGACCAGCAGCAGCAGCAGCAGCAGCCUAGCCAGGAGGAUUUCGACGCCUUCACCGCCUCCAAGGUGGCGGAUCUCGCCAAGCCGUUGAAGGAGAGCGGGUUCCCUUACAAGAUCCAUAUAGUGAAGGAUCACGACAUGAGGGAGAGGCUGUGCCUUGAGAUCGAGAGGCUUGGUUUGAGCGCUGUGAUCAUGGGGAGUAGAGGGUUCGGUGCUGAGAAGAAAGGGAGUGAUGGGAAGCUUGGGUCUGUUAGUGAUUACUGUCUUCAUCACUGUGUUUGUCCUGUUGUUGUCGUUAGAUACCCUGAUGAUCGUGAUGGGCCUGUCGUUACUGUUAAGACCGGUGUGGAUGAUGAUGAUGUUGGUGUUGCUGUUCAUCAUGAACACCAUAUCAAAGAUGAGUAACUCUUGUUGGGGUUUGAUCAGGUUUAACACUCUCUACAUCAUCAUCCAGGUGCAUAAAGCAAGUAGGAGUUUGAGCGGAAUGGUGGAGGAGUGUUUGUGUGUUCUAUCUUUAGCGAUCUCAGGGUUAUGUUGGAGUCUCUUGUCUUCUCCAUCUAAUGUUUUCCUCAUUAAACAUGGAGUUUGUAUGAUUACUAAAACCUAUUUUAUUUUCUUAGGAAAGAAAAAGAUUAUGAACUUACAAUAAAGAUUAUG